CGGUUAAUUUUUCUUUCUCUCUCCUCACUUUAGCGCCAUUGGUAGUGAUAUAGUUCCUUAAUGGUUCGCCAGCAUUUUCCAAGUGAAACACAUCGGAAUAACCUCGAAAGAGUUACAAAAACGAAGAGUUAGAUUUCGACAAGACGUUUUCGUUGCCGUCGCCGUCGUCGUUGCUAAAGCUCCCUAAUCACUGGACCUUGAUUUUCCCUCUUCUCAGGCGAAAAGGCCCGUAUGAUCUUCCUCAAUAAAUAGGAGGUGAAUAUCUCUACGAAGGAAGAGGCGGAAAAGUAUCACUCAGCAUUGUAAAGCAAACCGCAAUAAUUGUAAAUGUCAAACUUUGAGAAUAUCUGAAGAGUUUUCUGAACUGGUACAUCCUGCGUGGUCAAAUGAAAAACUGUACGAGGUAGUGAUAGUUCCUGUGUCAUUACGAAGUCACCUUCUAGAGAAUGACUCAGUAUUGAUUCAUGUUAGACCUGUGGUUCUUCCCUUUGAUAAUCUUGACAAGUAACAUUUCGGAGACUUACAUGAUGUGGUAUUACACAGAGUCAAAAGCUGCCAAGAUCGGCCUGGCCACAAUGUUCUCAAUGCUCACUGCCAUCGACAUCAUCGGCAACGUGAUUGUUUGUGUGCUGAUUGUUAAAUUUAAGGACAUGAGAAUCCCAAUGAAUUAUCUAAUCAUGAACCUGGCAGUAGCAGACAUUUUGGUUGCUCUUUUCAUCGUUCCUCGGUUUGUGCUCUUUGAUACAUACACGCUACCUGAUGGAAUGACUGGUACAGUUAUUUGUCAGCUGCUGAUAGGUGGCAAUUUGUCUUGGAUCGGGGCAGUUGCUUCUGCAUUUACAUUGGCUGUUGUAGCUUUGGAAAGAUAUUAUGCAAUCAUGAACCCGCAAGGCACACAGUUGACCGCUGCAAAGGUGGAGAUCAUUGUCCCAGUAAUUUGGCUGUUUGCAAUCCUGUUCAAUUUACCUCUGCUGUUGACCGACCACUACAGCAUAAAGCAUAAGAUAUGUAUGGAUAAUUGGCCAGAGGAAUGGAUGGCAAAGUCUAGCAGCAUGAUAUGGCUUCUGGUGACCGGUUAUCUUCCCAUUUUCCUGAUGAUCGGACUCUCUGCAAGAGUCGUGUAUCAGCUUUGGUUUCUGGAUGAGGACGAUGGCGACAGCACUCGACAGGGAGUGUUGAGGAUUCGAAGAAGAAUCACCAAAAUGGUCUUCACAGUUAGCGUGGUCUUUGCCGUUUGCAGAACUCCCGCCCAAACAAUGUACGUCAUCAGCUACUUCAGUCACACCCCGUAUCACAGCGAUUUACUGCAUAUCAUAUCCGUUGCCGUGGUAACUGCUAACUCCGCCAUUAACCCACUCAUAUAUGUUAUCGCUAAUCAUCGCUUCAGACAGCAUAUCAAGGAACUGAUAUGCUGCCCUGGUUUGUGCAGAGCGAAGGUGGAUGCCUUUAUACCGGGACAGGAUAACACCCAAGACGCCACUUACACCACGGAGGUAGUGCAGUUGCAACAAACAUUGCAGCAAGAGGCUUCGUGAUGUGAUUUAUCGAGAUAAUGAGCUUGCAAAAUCACUGCCACGAUAAUUGUCGUCUUGUAAUAAAUUUUGCGAGAAUGUUAAAGUGUUGAAAUUUUGAAGGUUUGUAGCUUUAGGAAAUCAUCAGAGAGGUUAAUCGUGAUAAGUACGGAACUGGCAAAAUUUCAUAGAACUUGUCAAUAUUUUCUCACAACCUGUGUUUCUAUCCCCAGUUAUUUUGUCCACUUUCUUCUCGUUUGAUUUAAGAAUUAUAGAAAAAGUGAUUGAAAUAAGAAUUCAUCGUUGCCGUUUUUUUGUGGUGAUACUUUGGAGCACUCACUAUAUAGGUGAAUUCAAAACGAAAGGUACGAGUCAGAAAGAUUAGAGUUACAUUAAGUUUUCGAAGGAGUAACGAGAAAUCCCCCCUUUUUUUUACUCCCUUUUUUCUUGCCAUAAACUGUUUUUGUUAGUGUAUUAAUUAGUACAUCUUAAGAUAACGUUUAU